AGAGGAAGAAGAGAGCGAGCGAGCCAGCGAGGUGUCGAGCAUGGAGGCGCACGUGGAGCGGGCGCUGCGCGCGACGCUGACGGAGGCGGAGGCGCGGGCGCUGGAGGGCACGGUGCGCGAGCACCACACGUUCCCGAGCUCCGGCGGCGCGACGUGCACGUCGCUGGUGGCGCAGCGCGUGUUGGCGCCCGUGCGCGCGGUGUGGCCCAUCGUGCGCAGCUUCGGCAACCCGCAGCGGUACAAGCACUUCGUGCGCACCUGCGCGCUCGCCGCCGGCGACGGCGCCAGCGUCGGCAGCGUGCGCGAGGUCACCGUGGUGUCGGGCCUCCCGGCCACCUCCAGCACCGAGCGCCUCGAGGUGCUGGACGACGACCGCCACAUCCUCAGCUUCCGCGUCGUCGGCGGCGACCAUCGCCUCCGCAACUACCGCUCCGUCACCUCCGUCACCGAGUUCCAGCGCCAGCCCGCCGGCCCGCCCUACUGCGUCGUCGUCGAGUCCUACGUCGUCGACGUGCCCGAGGGCAACACCGAGGAGGACACGCGCAUGUUCACCGACACCGUCGUCAGGCUCAACCUCCAGAAGCUCGCCGCCGUCGCCGAGGAGUCCGCGGCCGCCGCCGCCGGCAGAUCCUGAUCGCUCUUCCGCUCGUGGUGGGCGCGGCGUGCCAGAGCGGCGCCGUCGUUGUUGCUCUGUUUGUCCUUUUUUUUUGUUCUUUUUCUUUCUCUUUUCCGUUUUUGUCUUCUUCUUUUUCUCGCCCUUCGUUCUCGUGUAUAAAAAGGCCUUUGCCGCGGCGCAAGAAAGCCUACUUCUGUAACAGAUAUCUUUGUCCUUUCUCUCUCCCUCUAGCUAUCUCUCUCAAAUCUCUUCGCAGCUGAAGUUGAAAUCCGGAGUUCCUGAAUACUGACUGCUAACACUGACAGCGAAUCUAGGCUGCACAAGGUCUUGUUUGGGAAUGAAAAAAAAUACAGAUUUCUCGUGUAUAAAUAGGCUUGAAAUUUGUAAAAACAAGCCCAGUUUUUCGAAUGUUGUGUUCCAUUUUACUC